AUGUCAAAAGCUCCAGCAAAGAAAAAGGAGUUGUCCUCCAGCCGUGUCACUUCAUCACAAGGACAGACACCAAAUAAAGAGUAAGACUGUUUGAUGGUCAAGCUAGCGUAGUAUCUAUGCUAUAAUGGUCGUUAUUUAUCAUGUCAAGCAACACUUAAAUACUCUGAUUUCAAAUUAACGUAUAUUUGCCAUGGUGUUACAUGUUAUUUGUGGUUAUCACUGUCAUAGGUAGCUAGUCAGCUAAUUACAAAGUAACGUUACACAGCAACGUUAGCUAGCUAAAUGUCUGAACUUGUUGGCAAGGUACGACAGGUGUCAAUCAAUCAUAAUGCCCCCCCCCCCCCCCACCAUUCUCUUUGGUGGGCCUUCCUAUAGUACAGUAAAUAGUAUUAUAUACCGCCUUUGCCUACUUCAAACCAUACUUCCUUCAGAUUGAAAUACUGUCAAAAAUACUGUCAGACUGAUUUGUAAUAGACUGCCAUAGGCCAAAUUUAAAAAAGUAAAAAUUGGCUGCUUUUUUUUACAUGGCGGGGUCGCAAAAACAAAUCUAUAUCAAAAUGGGGUCACAGGCUGACCUCUGACGUCACCUACUAAGGAAAUGACCUCGAUAACAGCAUUUUCGACAGUUAAAUGCAACAACAAAACAUGAUUUAUUAAAAUGCAAUUUUUGAACCCUAUAAUGUCUUUACAUGCCCUGAUAGCUUUACCUUUAGUUUAGGGUUGACGCAGCUUGUUGGCCAUUUGCCAAGUUCAAAGCACAUGAAUGCAUCCAAUUGGUAUUUACCACCUCCCACUUGGUUAUGCACGCAGCAUUAUGUAGCGUGGCCAGGGAGUUGUCUGACAGGGGCUAGCUAGCCUACUGCGUUAUGUGAUUUGUCACUUCUGUCUACUUUGCUUGAGCCCACGAAAUGUAAAACUCUGCCAGAAAAAAGUAGCUAGUCACCUAAUUUUAAACACCACAGGGUUUAAACGCCCAUUUUCAGCAUCCUACUCACUAGCUAGUUCUAAAAGCACUGCUUCUUGAUAUUGUGGACCUUGAUGUAGCUAGCCUGCAAGCUGGCAUUAUUUAUCUGUAGCUUCAGGGCUCUUGCUCUGCUCUCACUUUACAAAAGCGCCCAACCACUGAGUUUCAUGAACAAGCUGUACAUGGGGCAAUUUGCCAGGGUUCUGCUUUGAAAUCCCUGCCCCUCGGCUCUUCCAAUCCAAGUUACUGACUGUGUGCGGAAGGGAGUCAGUACAUGAUUGUGUCGAUAGCACCACCAACUAAAAUGCAUCAGUUGUAAUAAUAAUGUAUAGCCUAAACAUGUUUAUGAAUACCACAGCAUCAUGGCUGGUGUGGCACUACAACACACACCUGUUUAUAGGUGUCAAACCUGAAUCAUGCUUGUUUGUGGUUACCCCCCCAGAGCAUCGUCCCUGGUGGCUAGUGCCUCAGAGGGCCCAGGAGAGCUGAGGAGAUGCCGCUACCCCAUCUGGCCGGAGUGGAGUGAGGCAGAGGUCAACACAGAGAAAUGGGAUGCGGCCAAGGGCGCUAAGGAUGGGAAGAUGGGGAAGAGUCCAUUUUUGGUGAGUAUUGAUGGAUUAGGCCUAGUGAAAUUCCUAUAGGAUCUAGGCUAUCCAUCUAUGGAUGGAUUUCUUAGAUACUGCAGCCUGCAGUGCCUCAUGUUUCUUUGGCAGGUUAGCGUUUUUUGUCAUGAAUCUUGUUCUGGAGGCAGCACUGCAGAGUCGGUACUAACUGGCACAGCCACAAAGUCAUAAAAUCAGAUUUUAAACCACGCUGCUAACCCUAAUGCCUAACCCUAACCUUAAAGUAAGACCAAAAAGCUCAUUUUUGUUAGAUUUUUUACAAUAUAACCAAUUUUGACUUUGCAGCUGGCCUUUCUAAGGGAAACUCGCUCAGUUCUGCCUCCAGAACAAGACUCAUGACAAUAAAGGUCAACCUGAGUUUCUUUGGCUCUUUUGUUUUUUAUUUGGGGGUGGGUAGAUCAGCGUUAAUACUGCAGAUAGAUUGUAGCUUCCAUCAAUGUAAUUGUCUGCAUAAUUUCCAAUCCCUCAUAUAUAUUUUUUGUAAAUAUAUACACUACCGGUCAAAAGUUUUAGCACACCUACUCAUUCAAGGGUUUUUCUUUAUUUUUACUAUUUUCUAAUUGUAGAAUAGUAGUGAAGACACCAAAACUAUGGAAUAACACAUAUGGAAUCAUGUAGUGACCAAAAAAGUGUAAAACAAAUCAAAAUAUAUUUUAUAUUUGAGAUUCUUCAAAUAGCCACUCUUUGCCUUGAUGACAACUUUGCACACUCUUGGCAUUCUCUCAACCAGCUUCAUGAGGUAGUCACCUGGAAUGCAUUUCAAUUAACAGGUGUGCCUUCUUAAAAGUUAAUUUGUGGAAUUUCUUUCCAUCUUAAUGCGUUUGAGCCAUUUAGUUGUGUAGUGACAAGGUGUGUGUGUGUGUGUGUGUGUGUGUGGGGGGGGGGGGGGGGGGGGUAUACACAAGAUAGCCCUAUUUGGUAAAAGACCAAGUCCAUAUUACGGCUCAAAUAAGCAAAGAGAAACGACAGUCCAUCAUUACUUUAAGACAUGAAGGUCAGUCAAUAUGGAACAUUUCAAGAACUUUAAACGUUUCUUCAAGUGCAGUCACAAAAACCAUCAAGCACUAUGAUGAAACUGGCUCUCAUGAGGACCGUGAGAGGAAUGGAAGACCCAGAGUUUCCUCUGCUGCAGAGGAUUAGUUAAUUUGAGUUACCAGCCUCAGAAAUUGCAUCCCAAAUAAAUGCUUCACAGAGUUCAAGUCACAGCAACAUCUCAACAUCAACUGUUCAGAGGAGACUGUGUGAAUCAAGCCUUCAUGGUCGAAUUGCUGCAAAGAAACUACUACUAAAGGACACCAAUAAUAAGAAGAGACUUGCUUGGGCCAAGAAACACCAGCAAUGGACAUUAGACCGGUGGAAAUUUGUCCUUUGGUUCGAACCGCAUUGUCUUUGUAAGACGCGAUGUGGUUGAACGGAUGAUCUCUGCUUGUGUAUGAAAAUGUAUAUAAGAUAAGAGUGUCUGCUAAAUUACUAAAAUGUAAAUGUAAAUGUGUAUUUCCCACCGUAAAGCAUGGAGGAGGAGGUGUUAUGGUGUGGGGGUGUCUGCAGCGAUACGCCAUCCCAUCUGGUUUGGGCUUAGUGGGACUAUCAUUUGUUUUUCAACAGGACAAUGACCCAACACACCUCCAGGCUGUGUAAGGGCUAUUUGACCAAGAAGGAGGGUGAUGGAGUGCUGCAUCAGAUGACCUGGCCUCCACAAUCCCCCGACCUCAACCAAAUUGAGAUUGUUUGGGAUGAGUCGACCGCAGAGUGAAGGAAAAGCAGCCAACAAGUGCUCAGCAUAUGUGGGAACUCCUUCAAGACUGUUGGAAAAGCAUUUCAUUUGAAGCUGGUUGAGAGAAUGCCAAGAGUGUGCAAAGCUGUCAUCAAGGCAAAGGGGUGGCUAUUUGAAGAAUCUCAAAUAUAAAAUAUAUUUUGAUUUGUUUAACACUUUUUUGGUAACGACAUGAUUCCAUAUGUGGUAUUUCAUAGUUUUGGUGUCUUCAAUAUUAUUCUACAAUGUAGAAAAUAGCAAAAAUAAAGAAAAACCCUUGAAUGAGUAGGUGUUUUAAAACUUUUGACCGGUAGUGUACAUAUACACAGUGCAUUCGGAAAGUAUUCAGACCUCUUGACUUUUUCCACAUUUUGUUAUGUUACAGCCUUAUUCUAAAAUUGAUUAAAUUGUUUUUUCCCCUCAUCUAUCUACACACAAUACCCCAUAAUGACAAAGCAAAAACAGGUUUUUAGAAAAACUGAAAUAUCACAUUUACAUAAGUAUUCAGACCCUUUACUCAGUACUUUGUUGAAGCACCGUUGGCAGCGAUUACAGCCUCGAGUCUUCUUGGGUAUGAUGCUUCAAGCUUGGCACACCUGUAUUUGGGGAGUUUCUCCCAUUCUUCUCUGCAGAUCCUCUCAAGGUCUGUCAGGUUGGAUGGGGAGCAUUGCUGCACAGCUAUUUUCAGGUCUCUCCAGAGAUGUUCUAUCGCAUUCAAGUCCGGGCCACUCAAGAACAUUCAGAGACUUGUCCCGAAGCCACUCCUGCAUUGUCUUGGCUGUGUGCUUAGGGUCGUUGUCCUGUUGGGAAGUGAGCCGUCGCCCCAGUCUGAGGUAGUGAGCGCACUGGAGCAGGUUUUCAUCAAGGAUGUCUCUGUACUUUGUUCCGUUCAUCUUUGUCUCGAUCCUGACUAGUCUCCCAGUCCCUGCCGCUGAAAAAAAUCCCCAUAAAAUGAUGCUUCCACCACCAUGCUUCACCGUAGGGCUGGUGCCAGGUUUCCUCCAGACGUGACGCUUGGCAUUCAGGCCAAAGAGUUCAAUCUUGGUUUCAUCAGACCAGAGAAUCUUGUUUCUCAUGGUCUAAGAGUCUUUAGGUGCCUUUUGGCAAACUCCAAGUGGGCUGUCAUGUGCCUUUUACUGAGGAGUGGCUUCCGUCUGGCCACUACCAUAAAGGCUUGAUUGGUGCAGAGAUGGUUGUCCUUCUGGAAGGUUCUCCCAUCUCCACAGAGGAACUCUAUAGCUCUGUCAGAGUGACCAUCGGGUUCUUGGUCACCUCCCUGACCCUUCUCCCCUUAUUGCUCAGAUUGGCCGGGCGGCCAGCUCUCAGAAGUGUCUUGGUGGUUUCAAACUUCUUCCAUUUAAGAAUGAUGCAGGCAAUUGUGUUCUUGGGGACCUUCAAUGCUGCAGAAAUGAAUAGGUACCCUUCCCCAGAUCCUGUGUCGGAGCUCUACGGACAAUUCCUUCGACCUCAUGGCUUGGUUUUUGCUCUGACAUGCACUGUUAACUGUGGGACCUUAUAUAGACAGGUGUGUGUCUUUCCAAAUAAGUCCAAUCAAUUGAAUUUACCACAGGUAGACUCCAAUCAAGUUGUUGAAACAUCUCAAGGAUGAUGAAUGGAAACAGGAUGCACCUGAGCUCAAUUUCGAGUCUCAUAGCAAAGGGUCUGAAUACUUACAUAAAUAAGGUAUUUCUAUUUUUGUUUUUUUUAUGAAUUUGCAAACAUUUCUAAAAACCAGUUUUCGCUUUAUCAUAAUGGGGUAUUAUGGGUUGGUUUUUAUUUAAUAAUAAUAAUGGUCCUCUGUAGCUCAGCUGGUAGAGCACGGCACUUGUAACGCCAAGGUAGUGGGUUCGAUCCCCGGGACCACCCAUACACAAAAAAAUGUAUGCACGCAUGACUGUAAGUCGCUUUGGAUAAAAGCGUCUGCUAAAUGGCAUAUUAUUAUUAUAAUAUGCCAUUUAGCAGACGCUUUUAUCCAAUGUCAUGCGUGCAUAAUUUUUUUUUGUGUAUGGGUGGUCCCGGGGAUCGAACCCACUACCUUGGCGUUACAAGCGCCGUGCUCUACCAGCUGAGCUACAGAGGACCACAUUUUAGGACCAUCCAUUUUAGAAUAAGGAUGUAACGUAACAAAAUGUGGAAGAAGUCAAGUGGUCUGAAUAAUUUCCGAAGUCACUGUAUAUAUAUAUAUAUUUAAAAUGUAUUUUCCUUCAUUAUUUUCCCCUAACCCUACCACCCCUCCCCUAAUUGGAGUAAACUAAUGGACAACAACACUUAUGCUUCUACUUCCAGCUUAUACAUAAUAUAUACAUUUUACGGACACAAUGUAUUUUACAAUACUUAUCUUUGUUUGUUUUUAAUCCUAUCCUUCAGCUACCAUCAACCCCUCCCAUCUCUCUCUGAAGACCAUCCAGUUUGAUUUCUAUUUUGCCAUGUAUUUUUAACUGUGCUGUUUCACAAAAGUUCUGAACCUAUAUACAUUUUACGGACAGUAUAUUUUACAUGAGUUAUCUUGUUGUUUUUAAUCCCACCCUUCAGCUCCACUCAACCCCUCCAAUCUGUCACUUAACACCAUCCAUAUUAUUGAUCGAUUGACUAUGACUUUUCAAAUCACCCAGUACUGCUAUCUGCAGAGUUAGCUCCAGGUAAAUGUUGCACUUCUUCAACCAUUCCUGGACCUGCGACCAAAAACAAGCUACAUAUGGACAGUACCAAACAAAUGAUCUAAUGUUUCGGUCUCUUCGUAGCGAAAUCUGCAGAGCUGGGAUGGUUGUAUCAUCCAUAUAUAUAACAUUAUAUUGGUGGCAAGAAUUUUGUAUAAUAAUUUAAAUAGAAAAUUCAAAGUUUUAAAUCCAGCGUUGUUUUCCGUAUCAGUUCAUAAACCAUGUGCCAUGGAAUCGGUACAUCGAAAAUCUCUUCCCAACUAUUUUGCAAGAUAUAGGCACAGCUGUACAUUUUUUGGUCCUUAAAUGAAACUGGUAUACUUUUUUAUUUAUCACAACUUUCUUUAACGUUUCUUUGGUUCUUUGUCCACAGCCAUUCUUUGAGGAUCCAGAGGGAAAGGUCGAGCUGCCUCUGUCGCUGAAAGUGCACUCAUGGAAGCGCCCUUCAGAGCACAUACUCACCAAGGUAAGGGUACUUCAGGGCAUGGCCUUGGAUUGUGCAUCACACAGUCUGCAUCCAACAUAGAGGACACAGAUGAUGCACAGUACUAGAUAUACUCAGGGCCAGUGGUGUAAAGUACUUAAGUAAAAAUACUUUAAAGUACCACAUAAAUACACUGCUCAAAAAAAUAAAGGGAACACUUAAACAACACAAUGUAACUCCAAGUCAAUCAAACUGUCCACUUAGGAAGCAACACUGAUUGACAAUAAAUUUCACAUGCUGUUGUGCAAAUGGAAUAGACAACAGGUGGAAAUUAUAGGCAAUUAGCAAGACACCCCCAAUAAAGAAGUGGUUCUGCAGGUGGUGACCACAGACCACUUCUCAGUUCCUAUGUUUCCUGGCUGAUGUUUUGGUCACUUUUGAAUGCUGGCGGUGCUUUCACUCUAGUGGUAGCAUGAGACGGAGUCUACAACCCACACAAGUGGCUCAGGUAGUGCAGCUCAUCCAGGAUGGCACAUCAAUGCGAGCUGUGGGAAGAAGGUUUGCUGUGUCUGUCAGCGUAGUGUCCAGAGCAUGGAGGCGCUACCAGGAGACAGGCCAGUACAUCAGGAGACGUGGAGGAGGCCGUAGGAGGGCAACAACCCAGCAGCAGGACCGCUACCUCCGCCUUUGUGCAAGGAGGAGCAGGAGGAGCACUGCCAGAGCCCUGCAAAAUGACCUCCAGCAGGCCACAAAUGUGCAUGUGUCUGCUCAAACGGUCAGAAACACACUCCAUGAGGGUGGUAUGAGGGCCCGACGUCCACAGGUGGGGGUUGUGCUUACAGCCCAACACCGUGCAGGACGUUUGGUAUUUGCCAGAGAACACCAAGAUUGGCAAAUUCGCUACUGGCACCCUGUGCUCUUCACAGAUGAAAGCAGGUUCACACUGAGCACAUGUGACAGACGUGACAGAGUCUGGAGACUCCGUGGAGAACGUUCUGCUGCCUGCAACAUCCUCCAUCAUGACCGGUUUGGCAGUGGGUCAGUCAUGGUGUGGGGUGGCAUUUCUUUGGGGGGCCGCACAGCCCUCCAUGUGCUCGCCAGAGGAAGCCUGACUGCCAUUAGGUACCGAGAUGAGAUCCUCAGACCCCUUGUGAGACCAUAUGCUGGUGCGGUUGGCCCUGGGUUCCUCCUAAUGCAAGACAAUGCUAGACCUCAUGUGGCUGGAGUGUGCCAGCAGUUCCUGCAAGAGGAAGGCAUUGAUGCUAUGAACUGGCCCGCCCAUUCCCCAGACCUGAAUCCAAUUGAGCACAUCUGGGACAUCAUGUCUCGCUCCAUCCACCAACGCCACGUUGCACCACAGACUGUCCAGGAGUUUAGUCCAGGUCUGGGAGGAGAUCCCUCAGGAGACCAUCCGCCACCUCAUCAGGAGCAUGCCCAGGCGUUGUAGGGCGGUCAUACAGGCACACGUGGAGGCCACACACACUACUGAGCCUCAUUUUGACUUGUUUUAAGGACAUUACAUCAAAGUUGGAUUAGCCUGUAGUUUGGUUUUCCACUUUAAUUUUGAGGGUGACUCCAAAUCCAGACCUCCAUGGGUUGAUACAUUUGAUUUCCAUUGAUAAUUUUUGUGUGAUUUUGUUGUCAGCACAUUCAACUAUGUAAAGCAAAAAGUUUUUAAUAAGAUUAUUUCAUUCAUUCAGAUCUAGGAUGUGUUGUUUAAGUGUUCCCUUUAUUUUUUUGAGCAGUGUAGUUUUUGGGUGUAUCUGUACUUUACUAUUUAUAUUAUUUUACUCCACUACAUUCCAAAAUAAAAUUAUGUAAUUUUUACUUCAUACAUUUUCCCUGACACCCAAAAGUACUCAUUACAUUUCGAAUGGUUAGCAGGACAGGAAAAUUGUCAAAUUCACACACUUAUCAAGAGAAAAUCCCUGGUCGUACAUACUGCCUCUGAUCUGGCCGACUCACUAAACACAGAUUAUUUGUUUUUUAAAUUAUUGUAUAAGUGUUGGAGUGUGCCCCUGGCUAUCCGCAAAUUAAAACAACAAGAAAAUGAUGGUGUCUGGUUUGCUUAAUUUUUUAUUUAAUUUUACCUUUAUUUAACUAUGCAAAUCAGUUAAGAACAAAAUCUUAUUUACAAUGACAGCCUACUCCGGCCAAACCCAGACGACGCUAGACCAAUUGUGCGCCGCCCUAUGGGACUCCCAAUCACGGCCGGAUGUGAUACAGCCUGGAAUCGAACCAGGGUCUGUAGUGACGCCUCUAGCACUGAGAUGCAGUGCCUUAGACCGCUGCGCCACUCGGGAGCCCAUAUAUAAUAUAAGGAAUGUGAAAUUAUUUAUACUUUUGAUUCUUAAGUAUAUUUUAGCAAAUAUAUUUACUUUUGAUACUGAAGUGUAUUUAAAACCAAAUACUUUUUUACUUUUAUUUGGUGACUUUUACUUUAGUCAUUAUCUAUGAAGGUAUCUUUACUUUUACUAAAGUAUGACAGUUGUGUACUUUUUCCACUGCUCAGGGCCAGGGCAUUCAAGUCGACACACUGCAAAGAGACUGCACAAGAACAGAAUGUUCCACUAUACUAGGCUACAUGUACAGUAUUUCACAAAGUUCAACAGAGUGCUAUAGAUAGCCAGGUCACUCAGGGCCAUCUUAUCAUGUAGUGUGCAGAAAUGUAUGGCUGUUAUGUCUCUGUCUGUCUGUCUGUCUGUCUGUCUGUCUGUCUGUCUGUCUGUCUGUCUGUCUGUCUGUCUGUCUGUCUGUCUGUCUGUCUGUCUGUCUGUCUGUCUGUCUGUCUGUCUGUCUGUCUGUCUGUCUGUCUGUCUGUCCGUCCGUCCGUCCGUCCGUCCGUCCGUCCGUCCGUCCGUCCGUCCGUCCGUCCGUCCGUCCGUCCGUCCGUCCGUCCGUCCGUCCGUCCGUCCGUCCGUCCGUCCGUCCGUCCGUCCGUCCGUCCGUCCGUCCGUCCGUCCGUCCGUCCGUCCGUCCGUCCGUCCGUCCGUCCGUCCGUCCGUCCGUCCGUCCGUCCGUCCGUCCGUCCGUGCGUGCGUGCGUGCGUGCGUGCGUGCGUGCGUGCGUGCGUGCGUGCAACACUAAGCAAUUAAGCUUCCUGUUAUUUGAAUUAGUGCUUACCAGCACAGGUCAUGGGGCGUCUUCCACUCAACUAUGUCAAGAACGUUUAAUUCAUUCUGUAUAAAAUGAAACGCACAGGAAUACGCAAUCAAGCACAGAUGUGGCACUGCUGUUCUGUCUCUUCCUUCAGCUCUCCACCAUCCUAUUCUAGAACCCCUUCAUUGACGGAAUGAGUUGAGGUUUUGGUUUUUAUGUACGGUUGCCAUGACAGUGGAAGGGCUCUCCUUGGAGGGAGGGAGAGAGAGAGUGAGAGAUCUUGAAGGCUAUCUCUCUAUGAUCGGUGGAGUCUUUAAUUCGUAUUUGAUUAGUGGCCUGGUGGAGUCUCUUAACUCCCUAAUCCAAUUUUGGUUGCAAACAUGUCCUCUUGAGGAAUCCUGGAAAAACUAUGGUGGACUCUUUUAGCUAAGCAUAUUUGAAAAGUAAAAUUAUUGUUUCAUGAAUAUUUCAAUUUUACAUGGGUAACCUGUUUUUCAGAGGGUAAUCUAGUAAACUUCCCAACGCCGUUUUACAAAAUGUGUCUGUGUAAUGUUUCAUUUUGCAGUUCAGUAACUUUCAGAACAUCAUUGACUGCACAGAGCCCAGGCGUCCAUCACUUUAGAAGUGGGAAAGGGGGUUGUUUGAUGCAUCAUAGAAAAGCAUUGUUUCCAUUCCAUUAUUUUGUUCCCAUGUUAAAAACAUAUCAUGCAUUUUAUACUAGCCUCCGGUAAUAGUGGAGAACGAAUCAUCAUUUGACCUGACCGCAGCCAAUGAGCACCUGCUCUGCAGUGAGGUAAGCGCUCUCCACAGACUUUACUUGACUUACCUUUUCGUAAAGGCUUAUCACACUGUUGUCAUCUAACAGUGAUUUCUGAUGGACAGUAAUGAAUGACAUAGGGACACUUAUAGAUUAAGUGAUUGAUUGAAUUGGUUCAUUAAAGUAAUUUAGUCAUUGAUCAAUAGAUUGUUUUGUUUUUUCCAUUAUGUCCCUCUCCCCAGCUCUUCAGGUGGAUAGUGAGUGAGAUCUACAUAGUGUGGAAGAUCUGUAAUGGGACGUCAGUAGAGCAGGGAUCGGACGUCUGGAAGCCUUGGGAACACAUCUACUCCCUGUGUAAGGUGGUCAAGGGCCACAUGCCUCUCUAUAACGUCUAUGGGAAGUACGUGGUCAAACUCUACUGGAUGGUGAGUGAUAGGUGUAGUCAAAACAGAUUAUAGGCCUAGUUUCUCUGACCCAGUUUACCCCUGCAGUACCCCUGGACUCAGUCUUCAUUGAGAGCACUUUUUAGUCCAGGAAUAUAGGCUUAAUCUGGGUUUGUUAAUCUGGGACUGUGGAACUGGUCUGCCCUAUGGAGUAUAGUAUUAUUAGCAUGAAAUAUUUUCCACUUUACAAGAUACAGUAAAUGCUACUCUAUUUGUAGCUUCCAAGUGUUUUAAUUUACCCUCAUGUUCUUACCAUGUUAAAUCAUGUCUGAACGUCCCGCAUACCCUGAGGUUGUUAAGACACAAACAUAUUGUUGUAUCCAAACUCCACCAGUCAGCUAAUUUCCACCUGUUCACCUAGGAGAAAAAGACAAUCCAUCAUUAAUUUCAGAGGGCUACACAGAGAAUAGAGGAUGCAGCCCAGCCUCAUCCACUCAGGCACGAAUCAAUCAGUCUCGCUGCUGUGUUAAUGUGAGGAGGCUUUGCACAUCGUCUGAUGAAUUGAUAGGGUAUAACAGGAGUCAUCUGCCUCAGGAUAUCAGUCAGUGGGACACUUUUAUGACAGCAAGGCGGUGGCACUCAGUCAUGCUAUGGGUCUUCCUGUUUUGUGGGGUAAUUUCAAAGCAAUGUCAGUAGUCAGUAUGAGGUAUGAUGAUACAUACAGUGGGGGAAAAAAGUAUUUAGUCAGCCACCAAUUGUGCAAGUUCUCCCACUUAAAAAGAUGAGAGAGGCCUGUAAUUUUCAUCAUAGGUACACGUCAACUAUGACAGACAAAAUGAAAAGAAAUUCUCCAGAAAAUCACAUUGUAGGAUUUUUUAUGCAUUUAUUUGCAAAUUAUGGUGGAAAAUAAGCAUUUGGUCAAUAACUAAAGUUUCUCAAUACUUUGUUAUAUACCCUUUGUUGGCAAUGACACAGGUCAAACGUUUUCUGUAAGUCUUCACAAGGUUUUCACACACUGUUGCUGGUAUUUUGGCCCAUUCCUCCAUGCAGAUCUCCUCUAGAGCAGUGAUGUUUUGGGGCUGUCGCUGGGCAACACAGACUUUCAACUCCCUCCAAAGAUUUUCUAUGGGGUUGAGAUCUGGAGACUGGCUAGGCCAAUCCAGGACCUUGAAAUGUUUCUUACGAAGCCACUCCUUCGUUGCCCGGGCGGUGUGUUUGGGAUCAUUGUCAUGCUGAAAGACCCAGCCACGUUUCAUCUUCAAUGCCCUUGCUGAUGGAAGGAGGUUUUCACUCAAAAUCUCACGAUACAUGGCCCCAUUCAUUCUUUCCUUUACACGGAUCAGUCGUCCUGGUCCCUUUGCAGAAAAACAGCCCCAAAGCAUGAUGUUUCCACCCCCAUGCUUCACAGUAGGUAUGGUGUUCUUUGGAUGCAACUCAGCAUUCUUUGUCCUCCAAACACGACGAGUUAAGUUUUUACCAAAAAGUUCUAUUUUGGUUUCAUCUGACCAUAUGACAUUCUCCCAAUCCUCUUCUGGAUCAUCCAAAUGCACUCUAGCAAACUUCAGACGGGCCUGGACAUGUACUGGCUUAAGCAGGGGGACACGUCUGUCACUACAGGAUUUGAGUCCCUGGCGGCGUAGUGUGUUACUGAUGGUAGGCUUUGUUACUUUGGUCCCAGCUCUCUGCAGGUCAUUCACUAGGUCCCCCCCGUGUGGUUCUGGGAUUUUUGCUCACCGUUCUUGUGAUCAUUUUGACCCCACGGGAUGAGAUCUUGCGUGGAGCCCCAGAUCGAGGGAGAUUAUCAGUGGUCUUGUAUGUCUUCCAUUUCCUAAUAAUUGCUCCCACAGUUGAUUUCUUCAAACCAAGCUGCUUACCUAUUGCAGAUUCAGUCUUCCCAGCCUGGUGCAGGUCUACAAUUUUGUUACUGGUGUCCUUUGACAGCUCUUUGGUCUUGGCCAUAGUGGAGUUUGGAGUGUGACUGUUUGAGGUUGUGGACAGGUGUCUUUUAUACUGAUAACAAGUUCAAACAGGUGCCAUUAAUACAGGUAACGAGUGGAGGACAGAGGAGCCUCUUAAAGAAGAAGUUACAGGUCUGUGAGAGCCAGAAAUCUUGCUUGUUUGUAGGUGACCAAAUACUUAUUUUCCACCAUAAUUUGCAAAUAAAUUCAUAAAAAAUCCUACAAUGUGAUUUUCUGAAAAAAAAAUUCUCAAUUUGUCUGUCAUAGUUGACGUGUACCUAUGAUGAAAAUUACAGGCCUCUCUCAUCUUUUUAAGUGGGAGAACUUGCACAAUUGGUGGCUGACUAAAUACUUUUUUUCCCACUGUACAGUGCAGUCUGGUGGGAGGAGUUGUAGGAGGACCGGCUCAUUGUAAUGGCUGGAAUGGAAUAAUGGAACAGAGUCAAACAUGUGGUUUCCAAAUGUUUGAUACCGUUCAAUUGAUUCCAUUCCAGCCAUUACAAUUAGCACGUCCUCCUAUAGCUCCUCCCACCAGCCUCCACUGAUACAGUGCCUGCAGAAAGUAUUCAAACUCCUUGGCUUUUUCCACAUUUUGUUGUGUUACAGCCUGAAUUUUAAAGGGAUUACAUUGAGAUUUUUUGUCACUCGCCUACACACAAUACCCCAUAAUUUCGAAGUAGAAUUAUGUUUUUCGUAAUUUUUUACAAAUUAAUUAAAAAUGAAAAGCUGAAAUGUCUUGAGUCAAUAAGUAUUCAACCCCUUUUUUAUGGCAAGCAUAAAUAAGUUCAGGAGUAAAAAUUUGCUUAACAGGUCACAUAAUAAGUUGCAUGGACUCACUCUGUGUGCAAUAAUAGUGUUUAACAUGAUUUUUGAAUGACUACCUCAUCUCUGUACCCCACACAUACAAUUAUCUGUAAGGUCCCUUAGUCGAGCAGUGAAUUUCAAACACAGAUUCAACGAUAAAGACCAGGGAGGUUUUCCAAUGCAUCGCAAAGAAGGGCACCUAUUGGUAGAUGGGUUAAAACAGUUUUUUUUUUAUUAAUUACACUUUGGAUGGUGUAUCAAUACACCCUGUCACUACAAAGAUACAGGCGUCCUUCCUAACUCAGUUGCCGGAGAGGAAUGAAACCGCUCAGGGAUUUCACCAUGAGAUCAAUGGUGACAUUAAAACAGUUACAGAGUUUAAUGGCUAUGAUAGGAGAAAACUGAGGAUGGAUCAAAAACAUUGUAGUUACUUCACAAUACGAUCCUAAGUGACAGAAUGAAAAGAAGGAAGCCUGUACAGAAUCAAAGGCAUUAAAGUAAUACUGCAAAAAAUGUGGCAAAGCAAUUAACUUUUUGUCCUGAAUACAAAGUGUUAUAUUUGGGGCAAAUCCAAUACAACACAUUACUGAGUACCACUCUCCAUAUUUUCAAGCAGAGUGGUGGCUGCAUCAUGUUAUGGGUAUGCUUGUAAUCAUUAAGGACUGGGGAAUUUUUCAGGAUAAAAUAGAAACAGAAUGGAGCUAAACAUAGGCAAAACCCUAGAGAAAAACCUGGUUCAGUCUGCUUUCCACCAGACACUGGGAGAUGAAUUCACCUUUCAGCAGGGAAAUAACCUAAAACACAAGGCCAAAUCUACACUGGAGUUGCUUGAACAGUGAAUGUUCCUGAGUGGCCAAUUUAAAGUUUUGACUUAAAUCUACUUGAAAAAUAUGGCAAAACCGGAAAAUGGUUGUCUAGCAAUGAACAACAACCAACUUGACAGAGCUUGAAGAAUUUUGAAAAUAAUAAUGGGCAAAUGUUGUACAAUCCAGGUGUGGAAAGCUCUUGAGACUUACCCAGAAACACUCACAGCUGUAAUCACUGACAAAGGUGCUUCUACAAAGUAUUAACUCAGGGGUGUGAAAACCUAUGUAAAUUAGAUAUUUCUGUAUUUCAUUUUCAAUACAUUUGCAACAUUUUCUUGGGUGGUGAAGAUAGGCCUAUUACAUUUUUAUCAAAUUGUUGGAUUUUCAAUGUCGAAAAUAUAAGUUUUUAAACAUAAGCGUAUCAAACACAGCAAUACGAAAGGGAUUGUGAGGUAUAGGAGGAAGAGAGAAUGUAACAGUUAAACUCACUGGCAUGCAUGACAAGAUUGGAGGCAGCAGCUCCCGUGCCAACACUAGCAUGCUAACAGAUGGAUAUGGAGACAUAAUACGCCAUCCCCUCGCUUCCUUUCUCUCUUCCCCUCUCUCGACUCUCGCUUUCUCUCAUCACCUCUCGCUCUCUCGCUCUUCCCCUCUCUCUCCUUGUUUAUCUCUCUGUCUCUUUUCCUCUUCCUCCCGCCCUUUCUCUCACAUACUCCUCUGCAUCUCUCCCUCUCUCUUCAUGAAGUUAGCUCCUUCACACCCUGUCCAGUCUCAUCUGCAGAAAGGUUGAGCAGCUCCUGAGGGGGAUGAUUAGGAUGGGGGGAGGACAAUGAGACCGAGAGAGAGGCACAGCUGUGAUCAGUCAGUCAGAUUACACUGUGCGUCUAAAGACUGAUGCUGCACGUCACUAUAUUUCACUGUGUAACUCCCACAGACAGCCAGUGGACAUAGAGAACACUGAUAGGCUGCCUGUCUGCCACUGGGUAGAAGAGAGAAUAUGGAUUCCUAGAAGGAGAGAGGCAGGGUAAAUGGAAUGGUGGGUGUAGGAAUGUCCAUCUUCAAUAGCUAAAUAGGUUAGCUAUAUGAAUUAAAAAUAAAUGGGUUUCCUAGGAAGAUUUUCACUUAGCAACUGUGCUGUGUGAAAGUGUCCCAGCUCACCACUUCUCCAUCUCUUCCCAUCUGUAUUUAAUAACUGUAGUGAUGCUCUCUGGUGUUUGUGAAUCAUACUCAAGGGUGCUGCAAUCAAAUACAGUACCUACAUGACAAAUGGACAAUAGAUGUAAUAAGGACCACUUAUAUAGUAGAGCUCCAUUUCAAAUAGCAUUGCCUACACAGCGCUAGUACAGACCAGUCACUAUUGGAUUAGUCCCUGAUGUUUCAAACAGCAAAUCGAUUGAAGUCAACACUCCCAUAUUCUGCAGUUUUCUCAACAUUGACUGCCUGGUCAGUGGAAAUUGGAUUAUAUCCAGCCUAUUAAACAAAUCUAAAGAAUAAAGAACGAUACACUGAAAGUAUUGAUACUGUAAUGGGCUGGUAAAUGAAACUCACUGUUCUCUCUGUCAAUUUCCAAUUUCUAUCGCUCUCUCUCUUACUUGCCCUCUUGCUCCCCACCUCCCCUCGCUCUAUUGUUCCCUCCUCAUCUGUUGGCUCUUUUUUUCUCCCCCAUCUGUCAGGGCUGCUGGAGGAAGAUCACGGUGGACGAUGCGUUGCCGUUUGAUGAGGACAACAACCUGCUGCUUCCUGCCACCACCAACCAAUCAGAGCUGUGGCCCAUGCUGCUGGCCAAGGCCAUCAUUAAACUGGCCAACACAGAGUGAGUUCAACCAUAGUUAAAUCCUACUGAAACCUCAAAACCACCCUAAAGAGGGGACACAAACCAACAAUCAACUUCAAUUACAGGGGGGGCACAAACCAAUGACUGUUUAUAUGAAUGGACAAAGCAAUCGAUCAUAUGACACCACCCACAUGAAAAAAAAAUACUAUAGUAUUAACUGUAGUGUUUUUGUGGACUUUACUGUAGUAUUCACUGUAGGGUUUUUGCACUCCCGAGUGGCGCAGCGGUCUAAGGCGCUGCAUCGCAGUGCUAGCUGUGCCACUAGAGAUCCUGGUUCGUAUCCAGGCUCUGUCGUAGCCGGCCGCGACCGGGAGACCCAUGGGGCGGCGCGCACAAUUGGCCCAGCGUCGUCCAGGGUAGGGGAGGGAUUUGGCCGGCAGGGGAUGUAGCUCAGUUGGUAGAGCAUGGCGUUUGCAACGCCAGGGUUGUGGGUUCGAUAAAAAUAAUGUAUGCACUAACUGUAAGUCGCUCUGGAUAAGAGCGUCUGCUAAAUGACUAAAAUGUAAAUGUAAAUGUAAGUCUGCAGAAACACUACAGUAAAUACUGUAGCAUUUACUUUAGUAAACUGUAGUAUACUGUAGUAUUUACAGUUGAAGUUGCACUAUGCAGAAAUCGCUCCACCAUUUCCUGGUUGCUAAAAUGCUAAUAAUUUGCCUAAUUUCAGUUUAUGUGACAAAAUAAGAGAGUAUAGUGUAGAGAAUAAUUGUACCAUCUAAACCGCUGUGAAAUAUAUUUUCCAUAACCAAAAAUAUUGUUGUUUCAGAGGUUUGAAGCUGGUGUAUAAAACCGAAAGUAAAAGACGCAAAAACAAAACUUAAGAACGGGAAGCAUAGAAAUAGUGGACAUUGAAAAUAUCUACUGCUUCUUAGACUUGCUUUCAAGUAGAAUGAUAGAUCUAUACUUAUAUGUGAAUUUGAUCGGGUCUCACAAAAAGUUUAAUGUAGUGUUUUUACGGAUUGUAGUAUACUGUAGUAUUUACUGUAGUGUUUUUGUGGACUGUAAUAUACUGUAGUAUUUACAGUAGUGUUUUUUCUGACAUUACUGUAGUAUUUACUAUAGUGUUUUUAUUUUAUUAUCUUUGACAUAGAAGUGGAAGCUUUCUCCUUGAGGAAACCUACUGGAAAAAUACUAAAAGAGAAAAUAUUCCAUAACCUGUAGGUAGGUAGGACUAUCCAUUUAGAGCUUCUGCUCUUUUCUAUAACGUUUAAGGAACACAAUAUAUGGUCUAUACUUGGCAUGUAGGUUUCUUACUUAUGGGUGGCACAAAUUGGGAUAUGUGGGAGGGGAAUGGGCAGGGUAUAUGCAAAUGAAAUACUAUAGUAUUUAAUAUAGUUAAAAAAUGAGUGUUUUUGAGAAAAUGACUAGUGUUUACUAUAGUAUUCUACAGUAUACUACAAAAUGCUAUAGUAAGUACUACACAUAAUCGAGGGAUACCACAGAGUGUGGUAUAGUAUUCUACAGUUUAAUACAGAAUUGUAAUAAUAAGUACUGUAGUGUUCUAUAGUAAACUGUAGUAUUUAUUUAAUUCCUAUGUGAAGACUCAAUGGUGCAUUGAAGCCAAGUUAAGUCGGUUAAGACGGCGUCUCAUGGAGACAGAACAUGCGCUGUUUGAGCUACUCCAGGAAGUGACAUUGCAGUGCUGUCCCCUCUCAUUGAGUAACUCAAAUUGAAGGCCAAAUGGGGUACAGCAGGCUGCCAUCAGCAACUAAAUUAUCCUUAACUUCUUCUGUGUGCGAUUUUAAAAUAAUCGGUUCAAGGACAUACAUCUGGUGUAUUAGAAGCAAUUAUUGGCACCAUGAUUGUCUUAAAAAAUAUAUAUUUACACAAAGAUUGACCACGAAGAUUGCCAUUUUUCAAUUCACUAUAAUAGGGGAUCCUGUUAUCUGCAAACAAUGCCUGCAGUACCAAGGUCGGCAUUGAACUUCCGUGGCUUCAAUGAGAGGUGGAAGCCGUUCUCCCCUGGCACACACCCUAUUAUCAGUCCUUAGUACUACCACGGUGCUUAGAAAGUACAACUCACAUGUAUUCUUUGUAUUAAAAAAAAAUAUAUAUAUAUAUAUAUAUAUAUAAUAAUAAUAAACAAUUAUUAUUGGAUAGGACAGAAGUUGAGAGGGAAGGAGAGUGUGCUGAAAUUCCAGUAGGCCGGAAUUGAACCCAUGCUGCAGCGAUAUAUGUGCACCCAGUGUUUCCCCUGCAUUCGUUUAGCAGCGGUGCCCCGCUGCUGCUAAAUUGUUGCAGCCACUCUAAAAAGUAUAAUAAAAAAAUGAAUAAGAAUAAAUAACUGUAAAAAAAAUGUGUAGUGUGUAUAUAUAUAUAUAAAUAUUUCUGCCGCGCUUUUAAAGGGAUAGUGCGAGAUUUUGGCAAUUAAGCCCUUUUUCUUCUUACCCAGAGUCAAAUGAACUCAUGGAUACCAUUUGUAUGUCUCUGCGUGCAGUUUGAAGAAAGUUUCUAACUAGCAUUGGCGCAAUGAUUGAAAUUCUAUGUUCCCGUAGACUUCCAGUCAUUGUGCUAAUGCUAGUUAGCAAUGGCUCACAAAGCUACCUUCAACUUCCUUCAAACUGCAUGCAGAGACAUACAAAUGUUACCCAUUAGUUAAUCUGACUGGGUAAGCAGAAAAAGGGCUUAAUUGCCUAAAUCUUGCCCUAACCCUUUUAAAUCAGUGACAAGUUUCAACAUAUAUUUGUAGCAAAACAAAAUGAGCAGUGGCGCAAAUGAGAGCCACGAGCACACAACCAACACUUGCUCCUCAUCAUCUCCCUACAAGGCAGUGCUCGCAUCAGUUACAGUAUAUUUCUGAUGGUGUCAACAUAAUUAAACGUUCAUGCAUUUUGGAGUGGAAUGUCCUUUUUUUUUUGAAGUCACCAGAAGUGACAUUCAUUCAGUCGUUCUACCAAAAAGAUAUGACCUUUGUCACUGCUUCUGAAAAAGAAUCCUCUGGGAAACACUGGCACCGUAGGCAGCGGCAUAGACCGUUAGGCCAUUCAUUUCAGCCUCAGUAUACCUCCCCAUAUGUUUACACAGGACUUUAUUACUGUACAUGCUUGGGAAGGUAAGUAAACAAAGCACUACAGCAACACACACACAACACACACACACUGCUGGGCUAUUUUGUUGACAUUAUAGAAACAGACACACUGGGUCGAUUCCCCAGUCUGUCACUCUACAAUUUGGUGGCUUGUGCGUGCGUGUGAUUGUAGGAUUUACUGUAUGUUGUUGUUGUGGUUUUAUGGUUGUCAAAGGUUGGGACAUAAAUGUUUCAUCUCAGACAGGAAAUCCGGUGUCUCUGCUUGUGAAUCUUUUAUAACCCCAGUAAAAGUUCAAAAGAGAUACAGCUCUGAAAAAACUUUGACCAUGUGUCUGUCUGCAUGGCUUAUCAUAAAAUCAUAGUCUAAAUCUUGAAUCUUCCAUAUCCAUUUUGGUUGGUGUGCUUUUUAUAGAAAUCACAGUGAAGCACAGUAUGGAGUUCAGUCACAUUUUUAGGAUGGUUUAUAGUUUUUCAGUGUUAGAUAUUGAGUAGGGCCAUACAGUAAACAUUGAUCAAUUUCCAUUUUAUGAUUCAUUACUGUCUACUGGACAGAUUGGGCACAGUGUCCCAUGAGGUGCAAUUAGACCCACAAACAUCUGUUUCAGUACAAAAACACUACCAGUACACCCGCACACACACACACACAUACACCCACACAAACAGACGCAUGCACGCACACACACACCCACAGACAGACAGACAUACACACACAGAUCAUAUGAUAGAGUUCCCGGGGUUUCUCUGAUAUCAACUUCUAUGUUUGUGUAUUUCAUAAACAAUCAAGCAUAAAAUUACUUUGUUUUCCUCUGUAUGCCUGAGAAGCUUCUGUCUGUCUCUGACUAUCCCAUCUAAUUGCUGCUAGGUCAAAUCUCCCUGCUGUGAUACUGUGAAUAUCUCUGUGUGAGUGUUAGUCGGGACUACAGUAGUCAAUUUAGCUGUGGUUUCCUAAUGUGCGUUUUGUACAUUGUGGUGUAAUGUGUUUGUACAAUAUAUGUGUGUUUGUGUUGCAGUGUGGUGUCAGGACAGACGAAGGAGCUGGGAGAGUUCACUGUCAUCCAUGCUCUGACCGGAUGGAUACCUGAACUCAUGCCUCUACAGUAG